AAACGUGUGUUUGAUGUGCAUCUAUAAUACUAAAUCUAAAAGCCACAAAUUUCUAUAAAAUUAAAAAAAUGUUGUGUGUUUGUGACUAAGGCGGCGCACAAGUUUAGUAAGAAGAACCCGAUUGCUUGGAAACGUUAUAACAGAUCAAUGUUAUCGAUAAAUGCGUAUAGAUUGAAACUGACAGUUUUUAAUAACAUUAUGUAGAUGUUUCUAAAGGGUUUUUCGAAAAUUAUGAUAGUGUUAACCCAAUUAUGACUGAAUAUUGGAAAAGUAAUUGGACUUUAGAAAAUGAACAGAGUCUGUCUCAUUAAAGGAUAUUUUCUAACCUAAUAUACCAGUUGAAUUAACUUAACAAAAUGUCUUCUGUGAAAGUGGCUGUUAGAGUGAGACCAUUCAAUAAUCGAGAAAUAUCCAGAGAAUGCAAAUGUAUCAUACAGAUGAGUGGAAAUACCACAGCAAUCACAAAUCCAAAAGCAGAACCAAACACAAAAGAUGCUCAAAAAAGUUUCAAUUUCGACUACUCCUAUUGGUCCCACGACGAAACCGAUGCAGCUUUUUCUUCUCAACUCAUCGUUUACAAAGACAUAGGUGAAGAAAUGCUUCAACAUUCCUUUGACGGAUACAACGUAUGUAUAUUCGCUUACGGUCAAACGGGUGCUGGUAAAUCCUAUACCAUGAUGGGUAAACAAGAAGACGGACAAGAAGGGAUCAUACCACAAAUAUGCAAAGACUUAUUUACCAGGAUACGUAAUAACAAUUCUCCAGAUGUUAAAUAUUCAGUAGAAGUUAGUUACAUGGAAAUUUACUGUGAAAGAGUGAGAGAUUUACUCAACCCUAAAAAUAAGGGUAAUUUAAGAGUGAGAGAACAUCCGUUGCUGGGACCGUAUGUGGAAGACCUUAGCAAGUUAGCUGUUAUGAGCUACCAGGAUAUUCAUGACCUUAUCGAUGAGGGCAACAAGGCCAGAACUGUGGCCGCCACUAACAUGAACGAAACUAGUUCGAGGUCGCAUGCGGUGUUUACGAUUUUUUUCACGCAGCAAAGACUAGAUGAAACUACGCAACUUACAACUGAAAAAGUAUCGAAAAUAUCAUUGGUGGAUUUAGCAGGAUCGGAAAGAGCUGAUUCUACUGGAGCCAAAGGAACGCGAUUAAAAGAAGGAGCGAACAUAAACAAAAGUCUCACAACUUUAGGAAAAGUAAUCUCAGCUUUAGCAGAAAUAGCAACUAAAAAUAAGAAAUCAAAAAAAGCUGACUUUAUACCAUACAGGGACUCUGUUCUAACAUGGUUACUUAGAGAAAAUUUAGGUGGUAAUAGUAAAACCGCUAUGAUAGCUGCUAUAUCUCCUGCUGAUAUCAAUUACGAUGAAACACUCUCAACUUUAAGAUAUGCCGAUAGAGCCAAACAGAUCGUAUGUAAGGCUAUUGUCAAUGAAGAUGCCAACGCUAAACUUAUUAGAGAACUCAAAGAAGAAAUACAGAAACUCCGGGAGCUUUUGAAACAAGAAGGAAUAGAAGUACACGAAGGCCCAGAUGGUAAAGUUAUAUAUGAGAAAAGGGAGCCACCUAGAGUUUGCGACACUAAAAAUAAUAAAGAAAUGGAAAGAGCCCGUUCCCAGUCCACUUCCUUGGCAGAGGAAGCUGUAGAUCAAUUGCAAGCUAGCGAAAAACUCAUAGCUGAAUUGAACGAAACGUGGGAAGAAAAACUGAAGAAAACAGAAGCGAUUAGAAUACAGCGAGAAGCGGUGUUUGCGGAAAUGGGUGUAGCCGUAAAAGAAGAUGGUGAUACUGUGGGAGUAUUUUCUCCAAAAUGUACUCCCCAUUUGGUUAAUUUGAACGAGGAUCCCUUCAUGUCGGAAUGCUUGAUAUACUACAUCAAGGAGGGCUUGACCAGAAUCGGCUCGGAUCAAGCGAAUAUUCCACAAGAUAUUCAAUUAUGUGGAUUGCACAUCAAACCAGAACACUGCGUUUUCGAGAACAAGGACAAUCGAAUUACUUUGGUACCACUUAAUGGUGCUUUAAUAUACGUCAAUGGAAGAGAGAUAACCGAACCUGAACAACUUAAAACGGCUUCCAGGGUGAUAUUGGGGAAGAAUCACGUGUUCAGAUUCACUCAUCCCGAAGAGGCCAGAGAAUUGCGGGAAAAGAACAUGAUCACUUCAGAACACGUCGAUUGGAACUUCGCUCAAAUCGAACUUCUAGAAAAACAAGGAGUCGAUCUCAAAGCGGAGAUGGAGAAGAAGCUGGUCACUUUGGAAGAACAGUAUCGCAAAGAAAAAGAAACUGCCGAUCAAUUAUUUGAAGAACAAAGAAAGAAUUAUGAAGCUAGAAUCGAUGCACUACAAAAACAAGUCGAAGAACAGAGUAUGACUAUGUCGAUGUACAGUUCUUACACCCCUGAAGAUUUCAAUAACGAAGAUGACAUCUUUGUGAACCCUCUGUUUGACGCAGAGUGCAACUGGACGGAAAAGGAAUUCGAAUUGGCAGCCCUAGCCUGGAGGAAAUGGAAACACCAUCAGUUUACUUCGUUGAGGGACGAUUUGUGGGGAAACGCCAUAUUUUUGAAAGAAGCAAACGCCAUAUCGGUCGAAUUAAAGAAAAAAGUACAAUUUCAGUUCACUUUGUUAACUGAUACUUUGUAUUCUCCAUUACCUGCCGAUUUGAGACCCGUUAUUGAUUACGAUCAAGACGAAGACGUCGGUAUUCCUAGGACAAUUGUAGCAGUUGAAGUUCAAGAUAUUAAAAACGGUGCCACUCACUAUUGGUCUUUAGAUAAAUUACGACAACGUUUAGAAUUGAUGAGAGAAAUGUAUCAUAACGAAGCCGAAAUGUCGCCCACGUCACCGGAUUACAACGUGGAAUCAUUAACCGGCGGGGACCCGUUUUACGACAGAUUCCCUUGGUUUAGAAUGGUCGGUAGAGGAUUCGUUUAUUUAAGCAACUUGUUGUAUCCCAUUACUCUAAUUCAUAAAGUCGCUAUUGUCAGCGAAAAAGGAGAUGUUAGAGGUUAUUUGAAGGUUGCCGUACAAGCAGUCAUGGAUGAAGAUAAUUCUGAUCAAGUCGGAGUAAGGCAGAGUGCCCGAAUCGCUUUCGAAACUACCCCUAAAAAUAUUCUGGAUAGAAAUAUCCGAAAUAUGGAAGACAGGAUCGUGGAAGGACAAAACAACAUAGACCCAAUAAAACUAGACGAAUUAAUCGAAUGCGACGCCGAUUCCGGUAGAGGUGACAGCUCUGUCUCUUCCGAUCUAAAAGAAGAAGAAAUCCCAGAGCAUUUACUUAUAGGUAAAGAAUUCACCUUUAGAGUUACUGUAUUACAAGCUGUGGGAAUAUCACAAGAAUACGCCGACGUCUUCUGCCAGUUUAACUUCCUGCAUCGAUAUGACGAAGCUUUUUCUACUGAACCCGUUAAGAAUACCGGAAAGGGUACACCGCUUGGAUUCUAUCACGUUCAAAAUAUUACUGUUACAACGACUAAAUCGUUUAUAGAAUACAUAAAGAGCCAGCCAAUAGUUUUCGAAGUGUUCGGUCAUUACCAACAACAUCCGUUGCACAAAGAUGCCAAAUUGGAAGGAAACGUUCGUCAACCUCCAAGAAGAAUGCUUCCUCCUUCUAUUCCCAUCUCCCAACCGGUAAGAUCCACAAAAUUCGGCGCGUUACCUUCGCCGUGCACGGCGCACAUUCACGCCAAAGCCGACGUAUUGGUGUGGUUCGAAAUUUGCGAAUUGGCACCUAGCGGAGAAUAUGUUCCCGCCGUUGUGGAACACAGCGACGAUUUUCCCUGUAGGGGACUGUUUUUAUUACACCAAGGUAUCCAACGUCGUAUUCGUAUAACCAUCGUCCACGAUCCGGCUGCGGAAAUAAAAUGGCGAGACGUCCGCGAACUAGUCGUCGGUAGAAUUAGAAACACCCCCGAAUCCGACGAAGACGAAGAUAACGAUAAUUCGGUUUUGUCACUCGGUCUCUUCCCCGGAGAUUAUUUAGAAAUCCCCGGAGACGAUAGGGUUAUGUUUAGGUUCGAAGCGGCUUGGGAUAGUUCUUUGCACAACUCUCCAUUGUUGAAUAGAGUAACGGCGCAAGGGGAGCAAAUAUUUAUGACUAUAUCCGCUUAUUUAGAGUUGGAGAAUUGCGGUCGUCCGGCUAUCAUUACCAAAGAUCUGAGUAUGGUGAUAUACGGAAGAGACGCUCGAACCGGUCCUCGGUCAUUGAAGCAUCUGUUUUCAGGAAGUUAUAGAAAUACGGAAGCUAAUAGAUUAUCAGGCGUUUACGAAUUGCUGCUGCGACGCGCUAGCGAAGCAGGUAGUCCAGGUGUACAGAGACGUCAAAGACGUGUACUAGAUACUAGUACAACUUAUGUUCGAGGUGAAGAGAACCUCCACGGUUGGAGACCGAGAGGUGAUUCGUUGAUAUUCGAUCACCAAUGGGAACUUGAAAAAUUAACGCGUUUAGAAGAAGUCGAGAGGGUUAGACAUACUUUAUUGCUUAGAGAACGUUUGGGAUUAGAUAGGACGUUAAAUUAUAACAAAUACCGUCUGGAAUAUACUAAAAAUGAAAAGGAAGCUUGUAAUAUGGUCGCUAAAAAUAAUAACAUAAACGCUUUAGCCAAUAAUGAUACAAUUGUUGAAUACUCUGAUCGCGAAAGAGAACUCCUCAUGAGAUGCAUACGUUUGAUCCAAGGCAGACAUCGAGAUAGCUCAAAUAAUGUUAAAGACAACGAUGUAGCAAGUCCAUCUGAAGAAGUUACAGAAAUGAGCACCAGCAUGAUGUCAAGUAUUAUGUCAAAUAAUUCCAUUGAACUCUGCUCUCCAGAAAGGGUAGUGAUACCCGGAGAAUGCGCACCUUUUCCACCGAUGCCAGUAUCUCCUCCAGGUCCUAGAGACCCGGAAUUAGUUCUGUACGUACCGGAUAUGGAGGAAAUAAGAAUUUCACCAGUGAUAGCUAGGAAAGGUUAUUUGAACGUUUUGGAACACAAAACGCAAGGAUGGAAAAAGAGAUGGGUGUCCGUUCGACGUCCUUACGUCUUUAUAUUCCGAGACGAAAAGGAUCCCGUAGAAAGAGCGUUGAUAAAUUUAGCUACAGCUCAAGUAGAAUAUUCAGAAGAUCAACACAGCUCUGUCCGCUUACCUAAUACAUUUAGCGUCGUCAGCAAGCACAGGGGUUAUCUGUUACAGACGUUGCACGAAAAGGAAGUACACGAUUGGUUGUACGCCAUAAAUCCGCUAUUAGCCGGUCAAAUUCGAUCCAAAUCCGCCAGGUGCAACCCCCAGAACGGCAACAAUGAUCUAACAACGUCUAAAGAAGUUACGGUUAAUUUGAAAUGAGAUUUGAUCACUAUGGAAUCCGUGUUGGUUUAUUAGUAGCUUUAAUAUAUGUAAGUUUGUUUUAUUUAAUUCGACAGGCCAGUCUGACAGGUAUGAGACAUUUCAAUUGAUGUAUAAACAAAAAUUCUCGGAAUUACAAUAGUUUUGAUUCAAUUUUUGGUGAUUUAUGUCGAGAUAAACAGUAAUUAGUGAUUUUGAAGAGUAUUUCAACAUAAAUUAAUGUAUUCUAAUUAUUAGUACUGAAAUAAAACUAAAAAACAGAAUAGAAGCUAUAAAGAUAAAGUGAAUAACCGAGUUCUUCUUCUUUUUUUGGUUUUCUUCUACUUUUUCAGUCUUGUUUCUCCUGUUUUUGAGUUGGGAAAUCGAAAAUUGGAUUGCUCAUAUUUGUAUGAAGACUGGCCUAUGGAAAUUGUGAUCUGAAGCUAUAAAAAGAGAAAUAAAUGUACCAGAUAUAUCGAUGUUUUCUAAUUAUUCAAUGUAAAACUUAAAAAAAAAACGCAGUUAUAUGUAUUACCUGGUUGACUUGUAUUGUAGAUAAAGAUUACGAACGUCGCAGAUAUUCAUAAUUGAGUUUUCGAUAUAUAAUUUCUUUCUUAGAAAUUGAAAAAAUUGCUGAUGUUCUUCUAUGGGGGCUAGAGUUUUGGUAUAACCAUAGACAUAGUAAUACUAGACUAGCAUUCGAUGAAAUUUGAAGUGCUCGUGUUAGUUUCUUUUUGCAUCGUCCUUCUUUUACAGUCUUAUUUCCCUAAUACUUUAUCUUGUUCAAUAAAUCACUACAAAGUGGAACAAAAAUAACUCUACCUUAAAUCAGAGGCUGUUUCUUUCAAUAUAGAAAGUUGCGGUCUAGUAUCUAUGAUGGUAUAUCAAAAUAUAAUAACAUUAUUUUGAAAAUUGCUCUGUUUCAAAACAGAAAGUUUUCUUAUUCACUGUUUUAUUCUAAAAGCUCUUUUUCAAAAUUUUCUGCUGUAGCUUUUCUGACAUUUUCUGUUACACGGAUCUUCUAUUCUUCAUAUUUUCAUUGAUUUAUGAAGAAAUUUUAUGGAGUCGAUAUGGUCUAGUUUAUUUUUUUAAUUAACGAUUUCUUUCCUUCUGUUUUUAGCAGUAUUACAAUAGAUCAAGGGUUAUCGAAACAAAUUUUUCUUAAAUAUGUUACCCCUACUUGACUCAUUCAAUUUACAAAUUAAUGCAAUAACCUGGAGUGGGCUUUGGCCUCCUCUAAGUUUCACCUCCAAACAUUGAGGUCCAUGAGUUUCAUUACCUUUAAAUUACAUGCCAUUGGAGUCAUAUUCUUUCUUUUAAUUAAACCGGAAUGAUGAUUUUUUCUUUUAGAAUUUUCUAUGCUUUUCCUGGUGUCAUACAUUCUUCAAAUAUUCUCAUUCCUUCUUUGGAAUUCUAUAAUUCAUUCAGUAGAUUAAUAAUUGAGAUAGAUAAGCUAGUUUGCUUCUUCAAGACCAAUUUCUCUGUAUCAUCAUGUGAUGAUUUCAACGUCAAACCUUCUAACCCUCACCUAAGUCUCUAGCUUUCACUGUAAUUAGUUUUCACUACUGAAACCAGUGUUUUUUGUACAAUAGUUUGCAUUUUAGGUCUUUUAUUUUUCCUUCGAAGUUGAUCAGUUCUCAAAAAUGAGUUUCCUCUUAUUCGCCACCUAUAUUAGCCAAUGUACUACCUGAAUCAUACAUUUAACUACUUGAAUUAACCAUUUAGCUUCAUCAGGUCCGUUUGCUUUAUAUCAUUCUGAUGAUUUGAAGUUCAAACUCUAUCGAGUCUCCAGCUUUCACUCCCAUAGGUUAUUACUGGUGAAACUAGGGUUAUUUGCUUCUUCUGUGCUUUAUGUUGGCCUUCAUCUACCAUCUAAAUUAGCCAAUGCACUACUUGAAUUAGCCAGUUCACUACUUGAAAUGAUGAAUUUGCUUCAUAAUUUUUACCUCAAAUCUUGUAAACCUCUCCUGAGUCUCUCCAGCUUUAAUUCCCCAUCAAACUAGUGUUUUUUGCUUUCCAGGUGUUUUAUAUGUGCCCUUAUUUUUCCUUCACAAUAGAUCAGCUCUUGAUAAUAAGUGUACUACUAUCUCUUCUCCUGGGUGUCCAGCUUUUCCUUCGGUUGAACCAUUGUCUCGGUCUUCUAACUGAUGUUUUUUUUAAUAUAACAGUUAGUUUUUUAUUUCCCACACUAAUUACUAUGUCAUCUGGGUAAAUAUGUUGAAGAUGGUCAGCAGUAUUAUGAUUCAGAGUGUUGUAAUGUGACCCAUUCAUUACAAUAAUUUAAUACACUGUAUGCAAAAUGGGAAUUAAAAGAUUUUUUUAAAUUUUUAUUCUCAAAUUACCUACAUUAACAUCUCGUACAUUUUUUUAUUGUUUUCCAAUUAUACAAAGUGGUCUAGAAUUAUCUAUAUCAAUUUAACUCAAAAGAAAAAAAAAAUAAAGUAAAACUUUUUUAUAUAAUUUUUGAGCAUUGAAUAUUGAAGGGAGAUACAACCUUUUAAAGGGGUGAAUCUAGAACUAAUUUUCGAAAAUAUCUGACAAACGGUUUUGUAUAGAAACCGAUUAAAGAAUAUUAGAAUUAUUGGGGUCGUUUUGGGGUAUGAACUACUUAACACACCCUGUUAAGGUAGAAAAAGUAACGGUUAGUUUGUAGAAGUGAUAUUACUUAGUAGCAUUACAAUCGUAAGGGUAAAAAGUAAGUAAGUUCUCAACUUAAAAGGUUGUACUAGUUUUGAAUUUUUAAUAUACAUAAUUCUAGAAAUAUAAAACGGGUUCCAUGAGUGACUAAUCGAAUACGAGUCUAGUCAUGUUUUACUUUUAAAUAAUUUAUUAUAUUUUUAUUAUUUGAAUGAUUGAAUUGUGCAUAGUGUUAUGAUAUAUAGUAUAAAUUGAAAAGGAAUUGUGGAAAAAUAGAGAAAUAACUAACAUUGUUGAAAUAUUAUAAUUUUGAGGAAACGGUCUCAGUGUUUAGAAACCAAGUUUUUGGAAAAAGCUUAAUAUAUUACAGUAAAAGUUAGUUUUAAAGUGCCCAUUGUCAUUUUGAGCACUUCGAAAUUGAUCAACAGUAGAAUUUGUAAUUGUACUAAAUCUAUAAAUGUACCAAGUUUCACUUUAAAAAAAAUUAACUUAAGGCCUCAUUGUUUUUAAGGUACGAUAUCCAUUAUUAUAAUAUACUUGUGAGGUGACACAAAUUCCUUUAAUUUACCGGCACUGUAAGUGUAAAUGUACAGGGUGUAUCUAUUUUUUUCUGUGUUGAAAUAAUUUUUUUUCCUACACGAUACUAAUGUGAUUGAAACAUUUUACAUUCCUUGUGUUUUGUAUAUACGUUUCCAUGUUUUUCUCAGAUCUAGUCAUUUAAAUUUUAUUAUCGAUAAAUUCCAAGUCAAAAUUGUCGAAUUUAGUGAUUAAUGUUAAUUUAUUUUUGUUGUAUGAUGAAAUUUUUAACGUAACAGAUUUCGAACAAAAAAAUUAUUUUAGAAGGGAGCUAUGUCUAUACGAAAAAAAUAAUCAAUUUUGAUUUUUUUCUUCGUUUAGAUAAUGACCGCGAAAAGUAACAGUAGUUUCGGUUUGCACAUUUAAUUUUUUUGUAAGUUCAGCUGAUAUUGUAGAUCCGGUAAAAUAAAAGGGCUUAACUCGUCAAUUGUUUAACAAAAAUUGAACAUUUAUAAAUACUUUAAAAAAAAUAAUAUAAGUAAUAACAGGAAACUACUUGAAAACUGUGGAAAGUAGAAAUUGGGCAUAAUUAAAUUAGAGACGAGUUAAAUCUGGAAAAAAGAAUACGUUGUAGUUGCUUACUAAAUAUUAUAUAUUUAUUUUUCUAGUGAAAUAGUUUUUCUCCCUAAGAACUUCGAUAUGCAUCCACUUACUAUGCUAUGAUUGUAUAAAAAAACAUAUAUAUUACUAUUACGAAAAAAAGUAGACCUUCUAGGGAAUGUUCAAAUUAUUUUAUUUCAUUAAUAAAAUUAUUAUUUUCUCCUUCAUACUUACUGUAUCAUUGUAAAAGUAUUAUAUGAAAUAAAAUCAAUGAA